GUGUUAUUUAGCGGGUGUUCUUACUUAUUUAAAUAUUUCUGCAAAAUAUUACUCCGCCCUAUACUAUUCAUUGGUCAAUAAGUGACAGGUAAGGAACGCCUAUUUUGCCUUCCAGACUCUGAUUGGUAACUAUCCUGGAAAGUCAAUUCCCAGCUUUUCAAUAGCUGAUACAAUUUAGGUGCUUGGCACUGCUGUUCUGUCACAACUGAAAGAAGCCCAAGCUGAGAAGCAUUGUAGCUGUACGCGUCUAAGCGUACAAACAUGAAGCCCAAAUCGGAUUGGAUGUAAUUGAUUUUUGUAUAUUUAUAUAUUCUAGCCAAAGAUGGCGGCUCACUUGGUCAAGCUGCCCACUUCAAAUAUGGCGGCUCACAUGCAUGUCAGUUUUUUGGCUUUGAUUUUCCUGAUGUCUAGUAGCUGUCUGAGGUUUUCCCAGGGGAGUGAGCACGAGGGAACUGUCAUAAUCGGAUUGAGGCUGGAGGACACGGACGACGUGUCAUUCAUGAACGGUGGAGCGCUGAGAGUAAGUGAAAGGACCCGGGUCAAACUAAGGGUCUAUGGGCAGAACAUCAAUAACGAGACCUGGUCCAAAAUAGCCUUCACGGAGCACGAAAGGAAAACGGUGAUUACCAAUGUUGAUGUUCAAGGUGACAACUUUAGCUCCCAACCUUGUGGCAUCAGGACUUCGGAUAUCAUCAUUUUACCGUACAUGCUGUUGAAUAGAAGGACAUCAGGAAUAAUUGAAAUUGAUAUCAAACCUCUGAGAAAAAACGAAAAGGCCAAGUCAUACUACCUGUGUACAGCCAUCCCGACUCCUAACCCAGCCAGUGGAAAUGUGCAGCCAUGGACAGAGACCACCUGGGUAUACCACGACGGGGAGGACACGAAUGUUGUGGUGGUGGAAGAAAAGAAGUUCUUGCUACCUUUCUGGGUACAGGUUAUCUUUAUUGCAGUACUUCUCUGUCUGUCUGGCAUGUUUAGUGGACUGAACUUGGGGUUGAUGGCCCUAGAUCCCAUGGGCUUGAGAAUUGUUCAGAACUGCGGCACGGAUAAGGAGAAAAAUUACGCCAAGAGGAUAGAGCCAGUAAGGAGGCAGGGGAAUUACCUCCUGUGUUCUUUGCUUCUUGGGAACGUCCUGGUGAACACAACGUUGACCAUCUUGUUGGAUGACAUAGCUGGGUCUGGACUUGUAGCUGUAGUGGUGUCCACAAUUGGGAUUGUUAUUUUUGGAGAGAUCGUUCCUCAAGCUAUUUGUUCUAGACACGGACUAGCAGUAGGUGCCAACACAAUUUUUUUGACGAAGUUCUUCAUGCUUCUUACUUUCCCUGCAUCUUUUCCUGUUAGUAAACUUUUAGAUUGCGUGUUGGGUCAGGAGAUUGGUACAGUGUACAACCGCGAGAAGCUCUUGGAAAUGUUGAGAGUGACGGAUCCAUAUAACGAUCUUGUUAAAGAAGAAUUAAACAUCAUACAAGGGGCUUUAGAGCUCCGGACUAAAACGGUGGAAGACGUAAUGACACCUCUAAGAGACUGCUUUAUGAUCUCGUGUGAUGUGGUCUUAGAUUUCAACACAAUGUCAGAAGUAAUGGAGAGUGGUUAUACGCGGAUCCCGGUAUAUGAAGGAGACCGGUCCAAUAUAGUGGACCUCCUUUUUGUCAAAGACUUGGCUUUCGUGGAUCCCGAUGACUGCACCCCGCUGAAGACUAUCACGAAAUUCUACAACCACCCCUUGCAUUUCGUUUUCAAUGAUACAAAACUGGAUGCAAUGCUGGAGGAGUUCAAGAAAGGUAGGCAAAUAAAAUGUGUUAUUUUUCGCCGUGCGCCUUUUUGGGCAGUAGUGAUGUUAAUUUCUCGGGUGCAUUGGGGGUGUUGUUUUCUGGGUUAUUUUACAAAAUAG